CCAAGAGAAAAAUAUAAUAUGAAUUUAAUUCAUAUAAUAACAACGAAAAAAUACGAAUAAUGAAGUGUACGGCUAGGUUUUAUAUGUUUAAAAAUUUACAAUACAUUUUCGAAGAAAACGAAUGAUAAAUAUGAUAAAAGCAAUUGAUCAAUUUUGAUUAUUCUUCUCAUAUUCAAUUAUGAUUGGUCAUUUUCUUAUGGCUUAACGCUUAUUACAUCUAUUGUAGACCCGACCAAAAGCUAUUGCCUUCUAGUUUUCUACCUUUUCAUAGAACGUUUCUUUGCUAGCUUUGAAACAAUAUGGAGGAAUACAUAACAGCUACAGUUAGAGCAGAGAUUAAAAGACGACGCGCAGCUGUUGUAAUUGCAGCUAUGCAUUUAAUACAACAAAAGAAAAAAGUGUGCAAAAAGAAAAAAUAUUGGGUAGCACCUAUUUUUAAAAAUCGUUCAAGACACAGUUCCUUUUUUGCUUCGACCCCAAAGUUGAUUUUAGAGGACAUACAAUUUCAUAAUUUUCGUAUGACUGCAACUCAGUUGGAAGAAUUAUUGGGCAUAGUUGGGUCAAAAUUGCAGAAACAGGAUGUGUCUAUAACACCAGCUGAACGGUUGGCAUUAACAUUGAGAUAUCUUGCAUCCGGAGACUCCAUGACAUCAAUGUCCUAUCAAUAUCUUGUAGAAGUACCAACAGUGAGUAACAUCAUUCAUGACACUUGUGCAGCACUAUGGGAUUGUUUGAAUCCAAUAGUUCUCCCAAAUAAACUUCAAGAAAAAGAUUGGCUGGAUAUUGCAAACAAUUUUGAAAUAAAGUGUAAUUUUGCUCAUUGUAUUGGGGCCAUUGAUGGAAAACGUGUCAUCAUUCAAUGUCCUAAUAAUGAUAGAUCAACAUAUUUUAAUGAUAAAUAUUCUCAUAGUAUAGUUUUAAUGGCUAUCUGUGAUGCGAAUUAUAUUAUUCGAUUUGUGGACAUUGGAGCAUAUGGACGACGAAGUGAUGGCAGUAUUUUCAGAGACAGCGCCAUAGGACAAGCAUUUGAUGAAGGACAAAUGGGCAUUCCACAGCCAACAGUGGUUAGAGAAGGAGGAUCUGUUCUACCAUACUGUCUUGUGGGAGACGAAGCUUUCCCUUUAAAAUCAUAUUUACUCCGUCCUUAUCCUGGUAGAGAUGGACUUAUACCAAAACAAAGUAUAUACAAUUAUCGUCUCAGUCGUGCAAGACGAAUGAUUGAAAAUACAUUCGGCAUUCUAGCUAGUCAAUGGAGGAUAUACAGAAAACCGAUUAUCGCCAAUCCUAAAAAUGCAAAAAUAAUGAUUUCAGCAACUAUUUGUUUACAUAACUGGCUUUGCCGACAGGACAGUAAUAUAUAUGUGCCUCCAACUUUGAUUGAUAUCGAUGAACCAAACUCUUUUACACCAGGAUCUUGGCGAAUAAUAAUGGAAGAUGGUUGUGCAUUUCGAAAUAUUAGUAACUGUGGAUCAAACAUGAGUGCAAAACAAUGUGUAGACAUUAGAAACAAAUUUUGUGAUUAUUUCAAUAAUGAAGGAGUAGUAAACUGGCAAAAUAAUAAGAUAUAAGAAUUGGUUUACAUAUUUUUAUAUUUUUGUAAAAAAA